AUGAAGGACGAGGAGAAGCGAACCAAGAUCCGAGGGCUACAGCUACCAGACCAGCAGGAGCAGCAGACGACCUUUCACAAGGGUGUUGAGCUGGGGCGACAACUGGAGAUGAUCGAUGACGACAAGGUACGCUGGAGGUUCAUUGCAGAGUUCUGGGCGGAGACAAUCAUGUACGUCGCGCCGUCUGAGAACGCGGAGGCACACAUCGAGCACCUGGCCAAAGGCGGGGAGUUCAUCACGCACCUCUGGGCCAUGCUCUCCAAUGCCGGCAUCGCGAAGCGCGCAACAGGGGAAUGGCAUCAGCCUGCUUCCACUACCAAAAAAGGACCGCCAAAGAAGAUAGAGACCACCAAAGCAAGAACUCAGGAGUGCCCCUUUUAA